AGGGGCGGCGGGGCCGAGGGCACUCUGGGGUAGUGGAGACGCCGCUGCCCGGAGCCGGGUCUGCGCCCCGGAGUCUGUGGACCCCGGAUUCCCGGCCACGCCCCUGGGCCGGCACCGAAACCGGGCCGCUUCCUCGGCCUUCCUCCAGAGGCUGGAAAGAGGGGCCCCGCGUGGGCCGCUGCCCAGAGCCUUUCUCCCUGGGGUGCUGUGGGCGUUGGGGAGGGAGAGUGGAGGAUACCUGGGUGGGGAUCGCUGCCCCGGCCUCUGGGACGCAAAAUACCGGUGGCCCCCAAACCUCACGGGGUUUGUGACAGUCCCCAAACCUGCCCCCCAAAUUCCCCAACGUCAGCAGCUCUCCUCCCCAAAACACAGGCCGUGCUUGGAGCUUCGUGGGUUCCAAUUCGGCUAUCCCUUGUGAGCCUCCGAGGUUCCUAAUCAGUCAACUCUGAUACUUGCCUUGCAGGGGGCUUGUGAGGAUUAGAAAUGGCAUGAACAGGGCCUAAUAUGGAGCUGAUACGUAGUGUUGGAGAAAAAAUUACUCAUAUGCUCGUUAAAGACGGUAAGGCAGAGUUUAUUCAGGGGGGCUACUACAACGCUGUUUUUCAGGAGCGGAGAGCAAUUGGGCUGCACUCUGCAACAAUGAGGAGUGGAGAAUGAUAGCCAAGGAGCCCGGUGGGGCGGCGUGAGGGCCCUGGCUCUCCCUCCCUCUCUAGCGCCCCUGUGAGAGCCUCAGUGAAGACUUGGUCCUCCCCAGCGGCAACUCCGCCCCGGAAACACUUCACCUAAAAGGACUUGCCACGCCAGAGGAUGCGUGUCGAGCUGGGGCAGGUCCCGGUCCUGCCGCCGCUGCCGGCGAAGGCUGAAGACUCCCCAUUCUCUGGACCAGAUGCAGCGCCUCGAGGGGAGCUCUCUAACCCCGAAACUGCACGCCAGCUUUUCAGGCAGUUUCGUUACCAGGUGACGUCUGGGCCCCACGAGACGCUGAGACAGCUUCGGAAGCUCUGUCUCCAGUGGCUGCAGCCAGAGGUUCACACGAAGGAGCAGAUCCUAGAAAUCCUCAUGUUGGAGCAGUUCCUGACCAUCCUGCCCGGGGAGAUCCAGAUGUGGGUGCGGAAACAGUGCCCCGGCAGCGGAGAGGAGGCGGUGACCCUUGUGGAGAGCUUGAAGGGAGACCCUCAGAGACUGUGGCAGUGGAUCAGCAUCCAGGUUCUAGGACAGGAGAUCUUAUCACAGAAGAUGGAAUCUGCAAGCUGCCAAAUGGGGGAAGUGGAGCGCCAUCUUGAAGUAGGGACUCAGGAGCCGGGACUUCAGGACUCACCGUGCAGGCCUCUGGAGCCUCCAAGCCAUCCAGUGAAAGAGGAAUCUGACAUGGAACAAGAAUUAGUGAUGGCUGCCCCGCCUCCCGCCCCACCAGAGGAAAGGCUCAUCGGAGACCAGGAGUUUGGAGCCUCCUUUCUCCAAGCAUCACCUCCGGAGCAUUGGAGGCACCUGGAUUCCACUCAGAAGGAGCAGUACUGGGAUCUCAUGCUGGAGACCUACGGGAAAAUGGUCUCAGGAGGCAUUUCCAAUUCCAAGUGUGAUCUGACUAAUUCAACAGAGUAUGGGGAAGAGCUGGCGGGACUGCACCUUCAUGUUGGCGAGAAGAUCUCAAGACCCACCUGCAUAGGAGACAGGCAGGAGAAUGACAAAGAGAACGUGAAUUUGGAAAAUUGUAGAGGCCAGGAAGCUUCCGAAGUCUCCUGUCAAGCGUCAGGAGAGGCACCUUCGCAGGCCUCCUUGGGUGGCCUCUUCAGUGAGGAUGAACCGAGGUGCUUUGGAGAAGGAGACAGUCUCCCCGAGGCUCUGGAAAACCUUCAGGGUGAGGGGCCUGUGGGCCAGCUCUCAUCGCACGGCAGGAAUUCUGGGAAGCAUCAUUUGGCUAAUCCCCAUCCAGAAGAACUGUCCCUGCUGUGGCUGGAGGAGAAGAGAGAGGCGUCUCCGAAAGGGCAGCCGAGAGCCCCCAUGGCCCAGAAACUACCCACCUGCAGGGAGUGUGGGAAAACCUUUUAUAGGAAUUCUCAGCUGGUUUUCCACCAAAGAACUCACACCGGAGAGACGUACUUUCAGUGCCCUACCUGCAAAAAAGCCUUUCUGCGGAGUUCAGACUUCGUGAAGCAUCAGAGGAUCCACACGGGAGAGAAGCCCUGUAAAUGCGAUUACUGUGGGAAAGGCUUUAGCGACUUCUCGGGGUUGCGUCACCAUGAGAAGAUCCACACGGGAGAGAAACCCUAUAAAUGUCCCAUCUGUGAGAAAAGUUUUAUUCAGAGAUCCAACUUUAAUCGACACCAGAGAGUUCACACAGGAGAGAAACCUUACAAGUGUUCCCGCUGCGGGAAGAGUUUUAGCUGGAGCUCGAGCCUUGAUAAACAUCAAAGAUCCCAUUUAGGGAAGAAGCCGUUCCAGUAGUCAGGCUCUCUUAGCCCAGUUCUGGCUCUGGUCUAUUUAAAAAUACUUCGUUCUGUCUGGAGCAGUUGCAGCCCCGAACGACCAGCCCUGUUCCCUCUCUGUCUCUCUUUUUUUUCAUGGAAGAGAGAGGAGAGGUACCUGAACACGGCUUUGGACUGGGAGGACGUGGUGGCCUCCGGGUUGGAUUUUGCGUCGGUUUAUUUUCUUGCUUCUGCGUCAGGAGAAGGAAUAAUCUUCAUCUUUCAGCUCAUUUCUUGUUUUGGAUUCCUCGGGGAAAAAAGUAGCACUUGGAAAGCCUGUUUCACAGGUGCCGUGUGGGGAGUUUAACUGGAUUAGCCGCAGUUGCUGCUCGUGGGAAGGCCCUCAGGUCAACUCUUUAGGUUGAGGGUUCUAGAACAGGUCUCCUGUUCCAGAAGGGGCAGUGGAGAGGGCCAGCGAGCUCCUGUGUGUUGUUUGUCAAACUGGUACAAAAUUAACUUCAGGUGUCCCUCGUUUUAAAUAAACUUCUUAAAGGCACUCCCUAUCUUA